AUGGGAUGUAGCGGGCGGCUGCUGGGACCCGCCGGGGGCCGCCGCGCCUCGCUGCUCCUCACCAUGAUCCUCUUCUUCACCUACUUCUUCUCCUGCCUGCCCGGGCCCUGCGAGCCGCUGCCGCCCGCGCUGCUGCUGCCGCCGCCCGCCGCGCUGCCCGCGGGCCCGGGGGAGGCGGCGGGGGGCGCGGGGGGCGGCAGCCGCCGCUUCCCCCAGGCCAUCAUCGUGGGCGUGAAGAAGGGCGGGACGCGGGCGCUGCUCGAGUUCCUGCGGGCGCACCCCGGGGUGCGGGCGGUGGGCGCCGAACCCCACUUCUUCGACAGGUGCUACGAGAAGGGGCUGCGCUGGUACAGGAGCCUGAUGCCACGGACCCUGGAGGGCCAGAUCACCAUGGAGAAGACCCCCAGCUACUUUGUGACCAAGGAGGCCCCGCGGCGCAUCCACAACAUGUCCCGGGACACGAAGCUGAUCGUGGUGGUGCGCAACCCCGUCACCCGCGCCAUCUCGGACUACACGCAGACCCUCUCCAAAAACCCCUCCAUCCCCAGCUUCCAGGCCCUGGCCUUCAAAAACCUCAGCACGGGACUGAUCGACACCAGCUGGAGCGCGGUGAGGAUCGGGAUCUACGCCAAGCACCUGGAGAACUGGCUGCAGUUCUUCCCGCUCUCCAGGUUCCUCUUCGUCAGCGGGGAGAGGCUGGUCAGCGACCCCGCCGGGGAGAUGGGCCGUGUCCAGGACUUCCUGGGGCUCCAGAGGCUGGUGACAGACAGACAUUUCUACUUUAAUGAGACCAAGGGCUUUCCCUGCCUGAAGAAGCCGGAGGGGGGGAGCAAACCCCGCUGCCUGGGGAAAUCCAAGGGGCGGCCGCACCCCGCCAUCGACGGGCAGCUGGUGCAGCGCCUGCGGGAGUUCUACAGACCCUUCAACAUGAAGUUCUACCAGAUGACAGGGCAGGAUUUCGGGUGGGACUGAGCCCAUCCCCAGGGCACGCUGCCGGGCUGGCACCUGGGCUGCCAGGACUGCGGCCCAGGGGUGCCCGUGGUCAUUGUCCAGGGAUGUCUGUGGUCAUCAUGAUCCAGGGAUGCCCGUGGUCAUUGUCCAGGGGUGCCCAUGGUCAUCAUGAUCCAGGGAUGCCCGUGGUCAUUGUCCAGGGAUGCCCAUGGUCAUCAUGAUCCAGGGAUGCCCAUGGUCAUUGUCCAGGGAUGUCUGUGGUCAUCAUGAUCCAGGGAUGCCCGUGGUCAUCAUUGUCCAGUGAUUCCCAUGGUCACCAUGAUCCAGGGAUGCCCAUGGUCAUCAUUGUCCAAGGAUGCCUGUGGUCACUGUGGUCAAGGGGUGCCCGUGGUCAUCAUUGUCCAGUGAUUCCCAUGGUCACCAUGAUCCAGGGAUGCCUGUGGUCAUCAUUGUCCAAGGAUGCCUGUGGUCACUGUGGUCAAGGGGUGCC